GAAUCUUUUAGUUAUGAUCUUUUGUAAGAAAAGUAAGUGGCCAGAGAACCAAGGUCUGGAUGGUCAAGGACGUGAGUAUCUCAGAAGACAAACAAUCAUUCUUCCCUCUUUGAAUGAAGUGUUUGAAAAUUUAAAGGUAGGAGAGAAUGUUAGCACAAGUGAUAAGGAAUAUGAUUUACAAAGGAGCUCAUUGAUUACAAAUAAUAUUUCCCUAUCCAAGCUUCCUUCUCUUUCUCAUAUCGAGUUGAACCUUGCACCUUUGGCUCAGAAGAACUCAGCAUUAUGUCAUAAAACUUCUUCUUCAAAGGUAGCAUCACCAUCUUCGUUCCCUAGUGCUGAGCAUAUACCAACACAGAAGAGAAAUGAAGUUAACCAAAGCGUAAAAACCACAAGUUUCCCCACCCAAAAUUCAUCUCUAAUUUCAAAUCCUUCUCUUGAAAGCUCUGAUUACCCUCAAUUACCGUCCAGACCUCAGUCAGCCAGAUUCCACUGCUCCUUCCCCAAAUGUAAAAAAUUCUUCAGCUCUCCCAUUGCCAGAGACUCUCACUUGAGGUACCAUUACAAGGACCGUCCCCACCACUGCCACCUCUGCUCAAAGAGCUACACUCAAAACGGUAACUUAAUCAAACACUUGAGGAGUCAUGCCACUCCAAGCAUUGACCGCAGAAGAGUCCAUACAUGCGAGUUCUGCAACAGGAGAUAUACUGAGAAGUACAAUUUAAAGAACCAUCAAUUUAAAAUUCAUCCUGUUGAGUAUCAAAGAAAGUAUAACACGCCCAGAGUUUAAAAUUAAUUUUAUUCUAAAAUUACCCA